AUGCUUGAAAAAGUAGUUCCAAAGUAUCCCAUUACUGGAGGGCUUCAAGAUCGAUUGCGGGCUUCUGCAAGGCAAUGGCGUCUUCCUUACUGGGACUGGGCUGAGAGGAAGUCUGUUGACCACGGCUUGAAGACUUACACCGUGCCUAAGAUUGUGAAAGACAAGGAACUUGAUAUCAUGACGUCGACAGGUCCUUUGAAAGUGCGUAACCCUAUGUAUCAAUUUGUCAUGCCGAACAACGAAGUCAUGGGUAAGCACGGAGUACAUCACUACGCCGAGAAGCCCGCCGGAACCUUUGAUUAUUCAGCUAUGUUCGAAGCAUGCUAUGGCACUAGUCGUUAUGUCGAUGCUCCCGACAAGGACGCUACGCCAUACCCAACCGACUUCGUGGAGGGCUUUCAGGAUAACGCUAAGGUUGAGGAAGCACUCCGAGGGCAUGGUUGGUAUCAGAACAAGGAUCCAGAUAAUCCUGUGUACAAAGAUACCCUGGCUGAAGCAGUCUAUCGAUUCUUUUCCGAGGAGUACUUUUCGGAUUAUUCGAAGUUUGCAUCUACAGCUCUUGAAAAGGGUCAAAACCCUCAGUACUUCCUCUCGAUCGAAGGUGUGCAUAAUAAUGUGCACAAUUGGAUUGGUGGGCAGGGUGUCAAUCCUAAGACUGGUAAGACGAUGGAUGGCCACAUGACUGAGGUGCCUGUCUCUGCGUUUGACCCAAUCUUCUGGCUACAUCACGCCAACAUAGAUCGCCAAUUUGCUAUUUGGCAAGAAUUAUAUCCCGAUUCAUGGUUCGAAAACACUAAGGAGAAGGACGAGGAGGGAACUUACUCCAUUGCAAAGCAGACAACUAACUCGCCAGACGUCAAGCUGAGGCCGUUCGAUGAUCUACAAGGUAGACCUUACGAUUCCGACAUGAUCCGCGACUGGUACAGCACUGGAUAUACCUACACUGAGUUGACGCCGUGGGAUCCAAAGUACUCACCUAAUGGUAUAUACGAUCGGAAACUCUACAUCGAAGACCUCAAAGCGAAGAUGAACACUUUGUGUGCUUCGACUCGAAACCUCUGGCUAGACCUCGGCGAUGAACUUGGCUCAGCUAGCACUUCGCACGCUGAAGACUACGUAGUCAACGUCACCUAUGAUAGGUUCGAAUUGGAAGGUGCUCCAUACUUAGUGAGUAUCUUGUUCAAGCCAGCCUCUGAGGUCAGUGUUGUGAACCAGUACAUGAGUCCUGAAUAUGUUGGAGGUGUCUACAACUUCUCUGCACCUAAUCCUCGAUGCCAGAAUUGUGACGAUCAGCGCAAAGAGAAAGCAUUAUCGACAGGUCAAGUGCCAAUCACGACGCCACUGAUCCAGCGUGUAAGGGAUGAAGGCGUAACAGACUUAAACAACAUGCAGGUCGGCCAGAAAGGCAGAGAGGUUCCGCUGGAUCAGAUGCAAAGCUUGAGGGUUGGCGUAGCUUAUGGUAAGGCAAAGCAUUCCCCUGAGGAUGAGAUCAUGAGCAACUACUACGGCUAUGACUGGCUGUACGGAGCCACCGCUGGUAGAGAACGGGGAAUACAGGCUGUAGAAGCGUUGUGA